CACACGGACGCUCUCUCACCCCCACUAAUGCAUCGCUUGCUUUAAUAAACUGCAAUCUAAAUCUCCCCCCUUCCAUUUGUCGUCUUCUUCUUACUCUGCACGGGAAUGGCGAGAGAGCUUCUGCAACUUUAUCUGCUGCUGCUCCUCCUUCCUUCUCCACAACGGAGUCCUUUUGUUCUUCCUCUGCUCAUGUCCAAGUCUGCUUUCUCACAUCCGUCUUUCCCCGCCGCAUUUUAAAUUCCUCCGAUCUGUCUAAAUCCUCAUACCAAGGUGCUUUUCCCUCACUUUUGCGCUAUCUAUUGGAGGUAAAUUUUAUUAUUAAUCACAUGGAGCAGUAUGAAAUACUGGAGCAAAUUGGAAAAGGUGCUUUCGGCUCUGCUCUUCUUGUGCGGCAUAAGCAUGAGAAAAAAAAAUAUGUGCUGAAGAAAAUUCGCCUUGCUCGCCAAACUGAGCGGUCUCGUAGAUCUGCACACCAGGAGAUGGAGCUAAUCUCUAAAUUAAGAAAUCCAUUUAUCGUCGAAUAUAAAGACUCCUGGGUAGAAAAGGGGUGCUAUGUGUGCAUUAUUAUAGGUUAUUGUGAGGGCGGAGAUAUGGCAGAAGCUAUAAAAAAGGCUAAUGGUGAUUUUUUCCCUGAGGAGAAACUUUGCAAGUGGCUCGUUCAACUUCUUAUGGCCCUUGACUACUUGCACCUGAACCAUAUUCUUCAUCGUGAUGUCAAGUGUUCAAAUAUAUUUUUGACAAAAGAUCAAGACAUACGCCUUGGUGAUUUUGGACUUGCCAAAAUAUUGACUUCAGAUGAUCUUGCUUCCUCUGUUGUCGGAACUCCUAGUUACAUGUGCCCUGAGCUCUUGGCUGAUAUUCCUUAUGGUUCUAAAUCAGAUAUUUGGUCCCUGGGAUGCUGUAUAUAUGAAAUGGCAGCUCAUAAGCCUGCAUUUAAAGCAUUUGAUAUACAGGCACUAAUCAACAAGAUUAACAGGUCUAUAGUGGCUCCACUGCCAACAAAGUAUUCUGGUGCAUUUCGGAGUCUUGUUAAAAGCAUGCUGCGGAAAAAUCCUGAGCUUAGACCUAGUGCUGCGGAGCUGCUUGGACACCGGCAUCUUCAACCUUACAUUCACAGGAUCCAUUUGAAGCUUAAUAGCCCCAGGCGAAGUACACUACCAGUUCACUGGUCAGAAUCCAACUACAUGAAGAAAACUAGGUUUCUGGAGUCAGAAGAUGAUCCUGUUUCAAUAUACAGAGAUAAGCGACAUUCUUUUAGUAAUGAUCUGACUCUUAAUCCUAGCAUAUCUGGAGCUGAGCAAGAUUCUGCUUGCUCUACCCUAGAAAUCGAGUGUACUCCAGAUCAUUUGAAUCAAGGGUUGGCAGAGCUAUGUGUUGGAGAUAGCCUUGAGCUGAAGGCAGUCUGUAAACCUGUUGUUUCAAGGACAUCUUUCACCAAGGCUCCAAGACAUACCUCCGUAAAGGCUUCUGCCACCUCUAAGAAACCAGUGGAGCCCACAAAAAAGCGUGUGUCGCUUCCUACUCCACGCAAAGCCAGACAACCAAUCCAUACAACUCGCAGAGUAUCAUUUCCAUUACAUACGAGAAGUUCUGAUCAACACUCUCAUCAUGGGCCUGGUAUUGGUUUACUUAGCCAUAUAAAGUCGCCAGACAUUUCAGUAAACUCUCCUAGAAUUGAUAAGAUAGCUGAAUUCCCACUAGCAUCAUACGAGGAUCCACUUUUUCCCAUCUUUAGAACCCCACCCUCAGCCCAGGGUUCCUCAGGCUCUGCACCUUGUGGUGAUCGUUCAAUCAUGAAAGAUAGAUGCACGGUUCAGAUAAGAGCUUCUGUCAAGCAUCGAUUGACAGAUUCAUGGCAGGGAAUCAAGCUAAACACAUUUCGGGAAAAUGCCAAGGAUAAAAGUAGCUCCUCUGAUCAAAAUGCAACUGCUGGAGCAUCAAGCCAUGCCUCUUCAGACAUGCGCCGUGGGCGGUUUGACACUUCAUCAUACCAACAAAGGGCUGAAGCCUUGGAAGGGUUGCUUGAAUUUAGCGCAAGAUUGCUACAACAUGAAAGGUAUGAAGAACUAGGGGUUUUAUUGAAACCAUUUGGGCCAGGAAAGGUCUCUCCAAGAGAAACUGCUAUCUGGUUAAGUAAGAGCUUCAAAGAGAACACUCUCAACCGUGAAGAGUCCCUGUAAUCUGGUGUUUUGUGUGCGCUUUAGUCAGAGACCAAUUUGGAGCGUUUGUUUUUUUUUAAUCUUCCACACCAUGGUAGCAUUUAAACAACUUCUGAUCUUUGUAGGUUAUCAUUAACAGGUUUCUUCAUUCAGUUCUUUUGCGGAACCAUGUUAAUCCAAGUUUGCAAUCUGACAAAACGCACGAUUCCUGUCCGACAAUUGUUUUUGUGGUCA